AUGUCUUCUAUUGCCAUUUCUUAUGGAGAAAAUGGCUCAGUUUUCUGUGGCCUAAAGUCUGAUGGUUCUCAUCUCGUAACUUGCUAUGGCUCUAAUCCUGCAAUUACUCGGUCAAUUCCAGAUAAUUUUCCAUUUAUUGGCUUAACUGCUGGGAAUGGCUUUGUGUGUGGACUUUUAAUGGACUCGAAUCAGCCUUAUUGUUGGGGACGUACAGGUUUUAUUUCAAUGGGUACUCCUCAACCUAUGGUGAAGAGUUCUGAGUACUUAGAAAUCAGUGCGGGGGAUAACCAUUUAUGUGGGUUGAGAAAACCCUUAAUGGGAAGGCACAGAAACACUUCUUUAGUUGAUUGUUGGGGUUAUAACAUGACAAAAAGCUAUCAAUUUGGAGGGCAGAUCCAAUCUAUCUCGGCGGGUUCAGUGUUUAACUGCGGAUUAUUUGCUCAGAAUAGGAGUGUGUUCUGUUGGGGUGAUGAGACUGAAAGCCGAGUAAUUGAGCUUGUUCCAAAGGAGCUGAAAUUUCGAAAUUUCGCUGCAGGCGGGUUCCAUGUCUGUGGAAUAUUGGACGGGGUGAAGUCAAGAGUCAUUUGUUGGGGGAAAAGCUGGGAUCUUGAAGAAGAAAUCUCUGUAUCUGCAUUGUAUGCUGGGCAACUCAAUGUAGACUUGGCACCAGAUAAUCCUAUGCUUUCAGUUAUAGGGGGAAGAUUUCACGCUUGUGGGAUAAGAAGCUAUGAUCGACAAGUUGUUUGUUGGGGGUAUUUUGUCGACGGGAGUACACCGCCUCCCACAGGAGUAAAACUUUACGAAAUUUCAGCGGGAGAUUACUUCACUUGUGGAAUUCUUGCUGAGACGUCUCUGCUACCUGUUUGUUGGGGUGCUGGCUUUCCUUCUUCUCUACCAUUACCAGUUGCCCCUGGAGUGUGCAAAAUUAAACCCUGUUCACCUGAUUUCUAUGAAUUUAACAAUGCAAGUUCACCUUGUAAAUCUCCAGGCUCUCACAUUUGCUUGCCCUGCAGCAAUGGCUGUCCUAAUGAAAUGUACCAAACCGCUGAGUGUACUUUGACAUCUGAUAGACAGUGUGGAUAUAACUGUUCAAGUUGCAGCUCAGGUGAGUGCUUCUCUAACUGUUCAAAUGGUGGAAAGAAGAAAGAAAAAUUUUGGUCACUACAAUUGCCAAUAGUUGUUUCAGAGAUUGCCUUUGCCGUGUUCUUUGUUAUCGUUGUGGUUCUGACAUCAGUUUUAUAUGUUCGUUACAAGUUGAGGAACUGUAGGUGUUCUGUUAAAUCCAAAUUAAGUGAUGGAAAUAGCUCCUUCCUCAAAGAUAGUGGGAAAAUUAGUCCUGAAUUGGAUGGGAUUAAGAUUAGGAGAGCUCAAAAGUUUACUUAUGAGCAACUAGAGAUAGCCACUGAUGCAUUUAAGGAAGAGUCAUUGGUGGGAAAAGGUAGUUUUUCGUGUGUUUUUAAAGGCGUUUUGAAGGAUGGCACUAUGGUUGCUGUUAAAAGGGCUAUUAUGUCUCCCGAUAUGAAGAAAAACUCAAAGGAGUUCCAUACAGAGCUCGAUUUGCUUUCAAGGUUAAAUCACGCUCAUUUGCUCAAUUUGCUAGGUUAUUGUGAAGAAGGAGGAGAGAGGCUUCUGGUUUAUGAAUUCAUGGCUAAUGGUUCCUUGCAUCAACACCUCCAUGGAAACAAGGAACUGAAAGAGCAAUUAGAUUGGAUACGGAGGGUUACCAUAGCAGUCCAAGCAGCUCGCGGGAUUGAAUAUCUGCACGGUUAUGCUUGUCCCCCCGUAAUUCACCGAGACAUAAAAUCUUCAAACAUUCUCAUAGAUGAAGAACAUAAUGCCCGUGUUGCUGAUUUUGGUCUCUCUUUAUUGGGACCUGCCAAUAGUAGCUCCCCUUUGGCUGAACUACCAGCAGGGACUCUGGGAUAUCUUGACCCCGAGUACUAUAGACUUCACUACCUUACCACCAAAUCUGAUGUUUAUAGUUUUGGCGUGUUGCUUUUGGAAAUUAUCAGUGGUCGAAAAGCCAUUGACAUGAAAUACGAAGAAGGAAAUGUUGUAGAAUGGGCAGUCCCUUUGAUCAAGGCUGAUGACAUAGAAGCCAUUUUGGAUCCAGUAUUGAAACCACCAUCUGAUCUUGAAGCUCUGAAACGAAUUGCAAAUGUAGCGAGUAAAUGUGUAAGAAUGAGAGGGAAGGAGAGACCCUCUAUGGACAAAGUGACGACUGCUUUGGAGCGUGCACUUGCACUGCUGAUGGGUACCCCAUGCAAUGAGCAACCUAUUUUGCCAACUGAGGUGGUUUUGGGAAGUAGCAGAUUGCACAAGAAGCCUUCUCAAAGAUCUGGUAAUCGGUCAACCUCGGAAACGGAUGGGGCAGAUACUGAGGAUCAAAGAUUUGAAUUAAGAGCUCCUUCAUGGAUUACUUUUCCAAGUGUUGCUUCUUCUCAGAGGAGGAAAUCGUCCAUCUCGGAUUCAGAUGCCGAUGUAAAGAACUUGGAGACAAGAAAUUUGGGGAAUGGCACCAGUCUUGGCGAUGGAUUGAGAAGUUUAGAUGAAGAAAUUGGGCCGGCAUCUCCACCACAACUCUUGUUCUUACAGCACAACUUCUAA